AUGACACAGGACAUCUCCCUCAUCACAGGCGCGAGCGGCUUCAUCGCAAGCCAUGUUGUUCAACUGUUACUCGAAACGGGAAACGAAGUCCACGCGACUGUUCGCAGCACGAAAAACAGAAAGAAAAUCAAACACCUACUUGAUAUGCAAGAGAAAUGGCCCGGAAAGUUAACAUUAUUCGAAGCGGAUUUGCUGAAGGCUGGUUCAUUCGAAGCUUCAAUGAAAGACUGUUCGGUUGUUUAUCACAUUGCCUCGCCUUUCUUCAUCGAGAACAAGAUUCGCGACGGACAGAAAGAAGUCGUUGAGCCCGCUCUCAAGGGGACACAGCACGUCCUCGAUGCAGUCAAAAAAUGCGAGACGGUCAAACUUGCCGUCCUCACUUCAUCCGUGGCGGCUAUCUUCGGUGACAAUGCAGACGUAUUGAAUAUGAAAGAUAAAAGACUUUCCACCGAAUACUUUAAUACAACCAGUUCGGUUGAAUAUAAUGCAUAUCCAUAUUCCAAAGUUGUUGCUGAGAAAGAAGCUUGGAAAAUGUAUCAGGAACAGCCAUCCCCGAAACGCUGGAACCUCGUGACUAUCAACCCAGGCCUCGUACUAGGACCAUCCUUAUCACCAACAUCAGAAUCUGGCAGUCUAUCUUUGUUUGACCAACUUCUACGCGGUCAGCUUUUUCUAGGAGUGCCCGACAUGUGGUUUGCAAUCGUCGACGUACGAGACGUCGCAACCGCCCAUAUUCGAGCUGCUCGAAAUCCGGACGCUCAUGGGCGCUACAUUCUGGCGCAUAGCAGAACAUAUGGAUUCGUGGAACUUUCGCGUAUGCUUCGAUCUAUCACUCAGUCUUCUCGGAUUCCUCGAAACAAAAUUCCAAACGCACUUGUCCGUAUGUCAGGGCCUGUGCUCGGCUUAAGCCAGAAAUGGCUGAGGCUGAAUCUCGGUAUUCCUUUUGAUAUCGACAAUCAUGCUAGCUUGGAUCAGUUGAAUGUCAUUUAUCGACCUUUGGAGGAAACAUUGGCCGACCAUUACUCGUCUUGGAAAGCUGCUCAAGGUUAA